UUUUCCAAACAUAUAACAUUUCGUACCGUCGAUCUAAAUCUCAUAAAUCCGUCAAUUUCUGUUAAGAUUGGCACGAUUUAGAUGAAAAUGGGGAGUGGAGACUCAAAGCAGGACAAGGGAAGUAGCGAAAAUGAUUCAUCUACCAAUUUAAAAAAAGAAUUCGUUCUCGUGGACGCCAUCAUCAACUGCCUGUCACAGCAACCAUUGAAAGGAGCUAUAGACGAAGACGAGAAUGUCAUAGAAGAGCUUGUAACUACAUUGCGAAAGAUGAAAGUUAAAGCUUCCAGGGAUAUUUUUUUAAAGCGUUCGGAUGGCCUUGGUAUUUACAUCAUCAAAAAAGGUCUCGUUGAAGUGGUGUCAGAACAUGACGAGGUCACCAUAGCAACCUUAUCCCAGGGUCAGUUCUUCGGAGAAGUGUCCGCUUUGUAUAAUGUACCGUGCACAGCAAGUGUACGGGCCCUAACUGACUGUGAGUUGAUUUUGCUGAAGAAGGAAGUCAUCCGGAAGUACACGCAGGGUUAUGUCAGUAUGGAACUGUUAGACUGGUUUGUUCGGCAGAAAUAUCUUCCGACGUCAUCUGACGUGGACAGACCCAAGAUGUUACGCCGUCUCUGCUUGAAAACCAUGAGAAGUGUAUCUGUAUUCGAAGGCUGGAGCGAUAUUGCUCUGAAGACGCUAAUACUGACGAUGGAGAAGGAUCUGGUGGUGCUGUACCCGCAGAAAUCCACUAUAAUGGAUCAGGGAGACCCUCCCGUACUGCUAUACAUCGUCCUCAGGGGAAGGGUACGAGUCAAACGAGAUGACGUGAUCCUUGUCGAGUUCAAUACAGAUUACGAACCUGUAGCCUUCAAUGAAAAAGGUUUACGUCUUGGACAUAAAAGCUGCUACAGACUUCAAGCCAUAACGUGCUGUGAAGUGAUUCCUAUCCGACUCAGACAUAUCGCAGAGACAAUGGACAUGGAGCGCCGACAGAGGGCAUUGGAACCCUGGCAAAACCGACAAAAGAUGUGGGAACGACGUGCAGAUUUUCUUCAAAGCGACUUGUACAGGCUGCUACCUGCAGAAUUUCAGCUGGAGGUUUUGGCCAAAGUACUAAAGAGGACUGAAGUGUUCGGUGGUUGUUCCUUGGCAGUGUUGUAUGAUUUGGUCCUGGUGUCUAACGUGAACAAAUAUGAACGACGCGCUCGAGUCGACUUCAAUCAGGUUUCAGAUUCCCCUGUCAUAGUGAUGGUGCUUGACGGACGUGUUAAGAUAAAGCCAGAGAGUGGCAAGUCCUACACCCUUAGGUCGUCCACAGAAGGACAAGCAAUUUUGGAUCCAUUGGACUGGGAUGAAAGCUAUACGGUCACCAUGGUAACAAAAUGUGUACUUUUGGAGAUACCACGUAACAAGGCCAUGGAGAUAACGUGUAGGGAAGAUUAG